CGUCGUUCGUUCGUGACUGUUGGUUUGGAAGAUUUUCUCAAGAGGAGAAGAGAUCAAUCUGCGUUCGCGUUUUGGGUGUGUUUUAUAUUGAAGAAGUUUAUUGCCAAUCUGCUAGUGAUAUCGGGAAUGGAAACAUAAAGUGACAUAUUUUGUGAUUUGUUCGUGCUUAGGUGCAAUCAUAUCGAGGAAAGCUCCUUUAUUUCUUGUAAAAAUUGAUAGGGAUCGAGCUGUAUCCUUUUGAAGAUCGAAAAUAAACAACAGGAAAUCAUUUGUGGAUUGUCUCGUCAUCAAAAUCAAUUUUAAAAAGUUACUGUGUAAAAUCCCAUUUUAUGAAUUAGAUCAAUAAAAUGGUUUUGGAUUCAUUUUAUAUUGAUUCGUGAACAUAAACAAAGUUUAUAUGGUGCAAAUUUUCAGUGAAAAUGACAGUGAAAAAGUUUGAUUUUCUGACCAACUUGGAGAGAAUACUCAGAUACAUUCAAGUCUGCUGUUGCUGAUGCUGUUUGUUGCCAUCGCCGUGGCGUGAAAGUGGGGAGCCACAGCCAAUCCAGUUUCUGACAUCGUCGCCGCACAGAAAGGCAACUAUAGCAGCAGCAACUGUAAAGGGAGUGUUCGAGAGAAGGUGAAUCUCUCGUUGCUCAACUUGGCGAACCAGACGAGAAUCAUACCUAACUAGCCUGCAGCAGUGCUUUGUGUGCUUCUAUGAAGAGUAGUGGCCGUGUUCGCGAAUUCGUGUUGCAUCUACUCUACAUCUAUAGCCUUUGAAGCGAAGUGUCAAGGAAAACAUAUGAAUUGCGUUGAAUUACUCAGCUCUGAAGGAAGCGAAGAAAACCCAUAAAAACGAAAAUCGUUGCUCAAUUGAAGUGCUCUUGAAUGAUAUCAUUCGCCUAUCAGAAAGCCGCCUUCGUGGUUGUCGUACUGGGCAGAUUUGCUGUCAAUAGUAUCGCGUCGUGGUGUCGAUUUGAGGCGUGGGCCAUUUUUGUGUGUUUAAUUGUGGAAAAGAGUGUGUCUGUCCCGCGUUAAAUGAUUAGUAGUCACUUCAGGAGUAUGUCCAAGUACUAGUGUGGAGUGUUGACAUCUUUCCUGCGCAGUAAGUGACACGAAAACGGAGCAGUAGCCCAAGAGGAAGGUGUAUCAGCGUUCGGUGGAAUUUGCAUUUAAACGCUUUUGUUGUAUCGAACGUAUUCCCGGAAACCAGGUUGCGUCGACAGUCUGACGGCACCAGGCCCAUUCAUUCCAACUAGUGUGAUGCUGAUGUUUGCGUGUUUUAAGUUUCCAAACAAAAUUUGAAUGUAUACGUGUCGCGAAUCGUGUGAUACGAGCCAAAGUGCCCAGUUUGGAGUGAUUUGUUUACAAUUUGGUAACAUGUCUUAUUAGUGUUGCACCCAGCAAACUGGUUCGAAGAUCAAAGUUAUUCUGUGUGCGAUUGUUUGCUAUGCUGGAAUAGAUAUUCAAGUAAACGCGUGAUCAGUGAAAGUCAGGAAAUAAAUCAUGAGUGUGUUUAGUGAUUUCCAGCGAAUGUGGGUGCAGCGUUUCCCACAGAGUUCGCUCUCGGAUGCCUGGGAACAGGAUGUUAGAGCCAGCUUAGCGCGGCACAAACAGAAGAUUGCUGAGUUGAGCAAGGAGUUGGAGCAGGAAACCCUGUACGUGGAAUAUUUGGAGCGAUUGCUGAGCGAUGUGGAAAAAUUCCGCGAUGCUGGUGGUGACCCGUCGGCGCUAUUUGAAGCCAAUACACCGGCUUCCGCUGCCAAUCUUCUUGGUAGUAGCAAAGAUGACGAUAAAGAUAAGACAAGUGGCGAUGGAGAUUCCGAUCAGGGGUCAAUCAUCAAAACAGCUGCCACGAGUAAUGACAAAGGCACCAAUGGUGCCAGCACCGCCGAGGAAGAUGCCUCUGGCGAAAAAGACAACAGCGCGUCUGCUGGCCUGGUGGCUUUGCGCAGGGACAAUCAGCAUAAAGACAGUGCACUGAAUCAGUGUAUUAAUGAGCUUACUUCGAAUCUGCAUCAGCGCCGCUGUGUCAGCAGUGACGUUUCAUCACCCACCAAAUCCUUGUCGAUGUCCUCCUCUUCCUCGCCAACGUCGACAAUGGUCACAUCGACCUCAGAAAAGACUGGUGUACCAAAUAGUGCCAACCCUAACAAUCAUUCACAAGACAACGUUUCCGAGAGCGAACCAUCCCGCUCGCGUCGAUCCAGCCAAAGCGAUACGCUCCUAUCGUCGCCCAGUCAUUUUGUAACCGUAAUUGAAGUUAAGGAAUCUUCCGAAAAUACUUCCAAAUCGGAAGAAUCAAACCGUAGCUCAAGCAUUGCCGCAACCCCGGCACUGCCGGCCAAAGCCAGUAGUGACAAUAGCAAUAACAAUCCAACCACAAUUAUACAAUCCACAACCACUGCCUCCGGCAGGCCCAACAAUUACGAGAAUGUGUUGAUUAACACAAACCGAGGUAGUUGUGAGAAUCUAAAUAAUAAUAGCGUGCACCAUGGGCAUAUGUUGCACCACCAAACGUCGCAGCAGAACAACAACAAUAACGCCGUGAGCGAGCACAGUACAUUCCUGACAGACGCGGUGCCCAAGCAUCCGAAACCAUCAGCACCGCCCCUGGUGGGCUCGUCAAUUGCUGAACGAACGUCACAGCUAAUUUCCGGCAGCCAGGAUGUCAAAAAGAAGGUUCCACCUCGACCUCCUCCGAAAUAUCCUCGGAGAGCGGCGCCGGUUGAACCUCCCGUUAUCCCAGCCGCUGCCAUGCAAAACCUACGGAAGGAUCAGUCAUCAGACGGCACCCCGGACAGUCCUGGAAGUUCCCUGGAACGGAAUAUCAAGCCAUCGGAAAUAUACCGACAGAAAUCGUCCGACUCAUUGGACGUGAAACUAGGUUCCCGAUCAUCCAAAGCAUCGGCUGAACUGGCGGAAGAGUUCGGCAAGAAACUACUACCAAAGUCUGAUAGUCUCAAGUCAAAGGCAUCUAGCACCGACAGCCCGACUGGAUCGCUAGGCAAGAAUGUGGGAGCUUCACCGACUGGAAGUCUCGGAAAGUUGGCUCACACCACCGGCAGUAGCGACAGCCCGACGGGAAGUUUAGGCAAAAUGAGUCAUCGAGCCAACGACAGUCUACAGUCGGUGGGCUCAAAAGAAUCGUUAGCGUCUGGCGGUGGUGGUGGCGGAGGCGCCAUAACCGAAAGGAUAAAAAGUUACGAAUCUAUUUCGUCACUCAGUUCGGAUAGCAUGCGAUUGGGGCCAAAUGCAACGCAAGCCGAAACGGAACACUAUUACGAUACGGUUCCAUUGGAAAAUGGCGAUGGGGAUUAUGUUUACAUUCAAGCCGGUGGUACCGGAACCGGCUCCACAUCUAGUCGAGAUGAUAUCUCAACGGCGGGUAGCACUUUACCUUUGCCGGCAUCACACCCACGGAGUCACAACAGCAGUCAAACCAGCGUGCAGCUAGAACCAGAAUCUCCCGGACGAAGUUCCAACUAUGUCAAUAUUGACUACUUCAUCCAUUCCAUUUGUGCCGAUAGCAGUCAGAAUCACGAACACCGGACCAGCUCAAUCGAUAGUGAUGGAGAGGUUGACGGUGGCCCACCUGUACUAUUGCGUGCAAUCUCUAAUGAAACGGAUUCCGGUCAAUCGGGACUUGGGAUAUUUCGAAAGAUUUCUAAUGCCAACCGUAACACGAUUAUCCGGCACAUUGUGACCAGUAUUAUUACCAGCGAAACACUGUACGUCGAGUGUCUAAACAAAAUGAAGCAAUACAUGAAGGCGAUUCGGGCCACUCUGACUACGUCUCAACCUGUGAUAUCUGAAGAGGAAUUUCAGACGAUAUUUUUUAAGAUUGAAGAAUUGCACGAAGUUCAUUCGAAUUUUCUAAAUGAAAUCAAAAUUAAACAGCAACCGCUUCCUGACGGCGAAGAACUUUGUGUCGGAGAAGUAUUCCGACGCCUGGCGAGCCAUACACACCUCUAUGGAGCCUUUCUGCACAACUAUGGCCGGGCAAUCGAUACGGUGAAGAAGUGCAGUACCCAUAGUCAACAGUUCAAAGAGAUAGUCUCCAACAUAGUGUUCAAAAAUCAAAACGAACAAUCACUUUCACUCGAAGAGCUCCUCCACAAACCAGUUGCCCGUUUGCAGAAAAAUGCUCUGGUGUUAGAGGAUUUGGUCAAUCAAACGCCGGAGCAGCACCCGGAUUACCAUCCUUUACGACAAGCAUCCAAAAGUAUUCGUAAUUUUCUGUCGGAAUUUAACGUAGUGCAAACCAAAUCUAUGUUUCCAAGUGAUGACAAGGCUCUUCGUCGUCUAGUGAAGAACUCCUUUAUCGUUGAACUGGCCGAUGGUCACAGGAAGUUGAGACAUUUGUUCUUGUUUAACGACGUCAUCGCUUGUGCCAAAUAUAAAGCUGCCGGACGCGAUCGUAACGGGUUCGAGUUUGAGCUGAAGUGGUUUAUUCCGCUGAAAGAUAUCGUUAUUUGCGAAGAAUCCGCCAACGAUCCGAAGGAAACUAGUCCGAUCAAUAUUGUUCAUCUGAAGUCGCAAGCCUGCACCGUACGGGAUCAAAUUAUGCUCGACGAAAAAGACGAAAAGAAACAACGUGCCAGUGGUUCGAGGGCAGGCGACAAGCACAGGAAGAAGUUAGCCGAUUUGGAAGCACAGCUGGUCCUGGCUUCGCCGAAUUUGGUGUUUAAAAUAGGAAACAAGGCCACCGGCAAGACUAUGACGUUUUUCCUCAGUUCCGACUUUGAGAGGACCCAGUGGAUCGAGUCGAUUCUAACGUUACAGCAAUCUUGCAACCUGCCAGGACAAGUCCCAGUGCAAAUUUACGAUCUCCAAGCGUGGAUUACGGCGUGUCAGGCGCUCAUCAAAACCGAAAUGGGUUCCUAUCUGAUGCGAAACGCCCGCGACGAGAGUUUAUUGGUGGGAGAUUUGCAUCUAACGAUACAGAGCUUAAGUGGCUUCGAACAGUCAUGCGAUCUAUUUAUUUGCGUCGAAAUCGACUCCUAUGGACACUACUUCCGUAAGGCAAAAACGAAACUAGUUUGUCGAAGUGCUUCACCCAAUUGGAAUGAAUCUUUCGUGCUGGAGCUGGAAGGGAGUCAGAACCUACGGAUAUUGCUGUACCAGGAUGAUGUUCAGCGACCUAUUCUAAGGGCAAAGCAAAUCUUAAAGCUAAGCCGACAAUGGCUCCAGGAAGCACCAAUGACUAAGAUUUUGAAGCUGUCAGAAACUCUCGCGCUUAGUACCGUUAUCCGAUUUGUCCCAGGAGAAGUAACUUUGCGACGAGUGCCUACUUCAAAGCCGGGGGCGCUAUUUGGGGCCAAAUUACAACAGGUUAUUAAACGAGAGAAACGCGACAUUCCUUUCAUUGUGAGUGCAUGUGUGCGAGAAGUUGAACGCCGAGGUAUGUCUGAAGUUGGCAUUUAUCGAGUAUCGGGUUCAGCAUCGGAUGUAGCCAAGCUGAAGAAAUCGUUCGAAACAAAUGCCUACGAAGCAGAGCAGCUACUCAAAGAAGUGGACAUUCAUUCGGUAACCGGUAUCCUCAAAUCGUACUUGCGAGAUUUGCCUGAAGCCCUGUUCACCGAUCAGUAUUACCCAAAGUUCUUCGAGACGUUCAAUAGACACUCGAAUCUGAAUGAGGCACUUCGAAUAGACGCACUGCAGAAGAUUUUCGUUGAACUGCCAGCAGCGAACAAGGCGACUAUCAACUUACUGCUGGACCAUUUGAUGAGGGUCCAUCAGCAAGAAAUAGAGAACAAGAUGUCGUUGCAUAACCUAGCAAUGGUGUUCGGGCCGACCCUUUUACGACCCGGCCCAACCACGACAAAGCAGAAGGAUCUGCUCGAGUCCAGCACGGCUGAUGUGAUGACACAAGCCGGCAUACUUUACAGCUUUCUCCAAGCCAGACUGAAGUGAAUGAACACAUUUCUAUUGCAACUAAUAUGAUACUGCUGAUGACUACUGAAUGGAUAAAUAAGGGUAUGUACGUAUAUAAAAUUUACUUUUUCUAUCGUAUUGCUGAUAGUAGUGAUAAUAUUUAUUAAGUAUCGUGUGGUAGAAAAACAAUAUCGAAGAAAGAGAAGGUUAACCUGGCCUCAGUUGGGAUACUUUGGUUCAAUUUAGCAAGUACCUAAUCAGUUUGAGAAAUCAGUGCUGCUAAACAUUGUUAGUAUUUUUGUAACGCCGAUUUUUCUUACUUCAGACAGCUCGUGUCUUUCUCUGCUGAAAGCAAAAUUUGUUUUAGGAUACUAUGGUAGCAAUAUUUUUUGCUAUUUCAUUAAGACGUUAUAUGUUCUUUCUUAGAAUACUGAACUGUUUAAUUUUAAAAGCUAUUAAAAAUAGUAAGUAACCAAAAUUUAGUCAUUUCAUCUAUUCUCUUUAUCUAUGUAAAUUUUUAUUUCCUUAUAUAGGUAUUUGUUGUGUUGUACAUAUUAAUGGUUUGAAUUAGUUUAUGUGUGAAUAAAAGAGUCAUUAUUAUUUCUUGGCAGUUAUUUGAACAGAUAGCCUUAUGUGCAGAUAAUAUGUAGAUGUGUUAUUCAGCAAGCUUUGAAUAAGUUUAUCUAAAAAUAUUAUAUUUGUUCGAAAUCGCGAGACAACAAAUCCAAAUACAUUCGCAUUAUCCUGUAUCGUUAAAAGUAUAGAUAUAUUAAUCAUGUGUAUUUAAUUAAUACAAUUUAUAAAAAAAAAACAACUGAGUUAUUUAGAUUCUGCCAUUAUAUGCCAGAAUAGCUACAGACCUUGAAGUUAAAGAUGGCAGUACAAUCAAGUAUCUUCUAAUUGGCAGCCAAAACAGAUUAGGUCUUCGAUCAAACAAACACAUACUUAUAGAUAUAUACAAUAUUCGCUUCUAAUGCGGAAUAAGUAAGAUUAAAAAGAUAUUUCUUGGACAAGACUUUUUUUUCGCAAAAGUAUCAUUAAUAUCGGUAUUUACCAGAGGCAACACUGUAUAUAAGUGUGCGAUCCAAUAAGAACAAAACGUAUUAUUAUGUCACUUAGAGACAUUACACCCACAUACACACGGCAGAAUAGUGCUGUAUUUAUAUUGUAGGUCCUUUCCCUUGAAAUAUAGAGGAAAUUGCAAAAAUAAAACGUUUUCGUAUUGUCAA